AUGAUUACAAGUGCUGAUCAUCAUCCACGUUUUUUGAAAACUACCAUUCCUCCUCCAAGCAAUCAUUCGGAAUUAAGGGCAGCUCCGCCUGGAUCCCGAUUGGAAUUGGAGUUCAUUCAUGGGUGUAGUAAGAGAGGAUGCAGAGGAAAUAUUUUGCAUAUGAAUAAUAAGGGUAGAUUGGUGUACCCUGCAGCUGGAUGUGGUGUGGUGCUUGACAUUGAAAAUAAUACGCAACAGAUUUUCAACAAGCAUACCGAUGAUGUUGUUUGUAUUGCAAAACAUCCGAAUGGUGAUCUGUUUGCAACAGGUCAAAUUGGCAGAAAGAAUGACAUUUUUGUUUGGAGCAGCUCUGCGACAAGUGAACCAGUUGCUGUCUUGGAGACUUUCCACCAUUUCAAGAAUGCUGGUGUCAUUGAUUUGUGUUUUUCAAAAGAUGGAACCAAAUUAGCAGCUGUUGGUGGAGACAUUAUGAAUUCAACUCUUGUUGUUUAUGAGUGGCAGUCUCAAACAUUGUUAGGAUCAUGUAAAGCACAUUCUGGUGACGUUUAUGAUUUAAGUUUUAGUCCAGAUGAUUCUAAAAUUUUGUUGUGUGGAAAGAAUUCAGCAAAAUUCUUUGAGGUUAACAAUGGCCUUCAAGCUCGUCAGGCUGUUUUUUCUCCAAGAGGAGUUGGUCAAACUGUGUAUUGUACAUGCUACGAUCCAUCUGGAAACCCCAUUUGUGGAGUCAAGGAUGGAUCUCUAUAUGCGUUUUUUGGAAACAAGCUUGUGUAUAAGAAAGAUGCUCACUCUGGUGCAUGCUAUACCAGUUACAGAACGCAGAAUGGUUUUAUUACUGGCGGCAGAGAUGGAAAGAUUAUUUGGUGGGAGUUUACAUCAGAGCAAGUUGAGGGUGUACACUUGUUUAGACAAGUUGCAUCGCUUAAUUUAGUUGAUCCAAUCCAAAGUGUUGUGCCCUCCAACAUUGAGUCUGAUGUGGUAUAUGCUACUCGUGGCAAUGGAGAUUUGGUUAAAAUCUCGAACAAGACACGAGUUGAAGUAUUGCUUGUGUCACAUGUUGCAGAGAAAGAUGAUGAAUUAUGGGGCCUGUGCGUGAUACCAGGAUCCAAAUUAUUCCUUAGUGCGGCCGAUGACGGAAGAUUGAUUAUGUGGGAUGUUUCCACACAUAAACAUGUACAACAAGUUAAAGUCACCAACAAAGGAGAGCUGCGAAGUGUUGCAUUUUCACCUGAAAAGUCACACAUAGCCACUGCCACAAAACAUGGAACGUUAUUUGUUUUCAAUUUUGAUGGCACUUCCAUUGCUUCUCAGCCUUUGGUCAAUGAAAAGAGAGCAGCUGAAGAAGUUGCAGCAAUGCAAUACUCUCCAGAUGGCUCAUUACUGGCUCUCGGUUCUCAUGACAAUUUCAUCUACAUUUUGAACACCUCUGACUAUAGUUUGAAAUACAAACUUGUUGGACAUACAAGUUUUGUCACACACAUUGACUUUAGCUGUGACGGAAAUUUGUUAAGAAGCAACAGUGGUGACUAUGAAGUGUUGCUUUGGGACAUGACAACAGGAAAGCAGGUUGUCAAAAAUGGUGUCAAUAUGGAAGAUGUUGAUUGGCAUACUGUUAGUUGUACACUAGGAUGGAAAGUUAGAGGUGUUUGGAAAUCUGAUAUGGACGGAACAGACAUUAAUGCUGUUGAUGUUUACUAUGGCAAGCAACUGUUGGCCAGUGCUGACGAUCUUGGUACGGUCACUUUGUUCCACUAUCCAACAGCGAGUGUUCAUCCGCAAAGCGAGCAAUAUUUGGGACACUGUUCUCAUGUGACCAACGUUCGAUUCACGUCAGAUGGCAAACACUUAUUAAGUGCAGGAGGUGCUGACAUUACCAUUUGUCAGUGGAGAAUUGUGUAA